UAAUUAUAUAAAUAAAUGGGAUUUACAAUAUGCAAAAUUUACUAAACAGAAAAGAUUGAUAAAGAAAACAUUCGAGAAGACAUAAUAAAUAAAAAGGAAUAAAAGUCUUCCUUAAUUUCUAAUUAUAGUAAUUCUUUUUUAAUAUAAAAACCAAUAACUGAAAAAGGUAUAUAAAAAAAAGACAAAAAAGACAAACCUACUACUAAUAUAAAAAUAUUUUUUAAAAAAAUAAAAAAAUAGAAAAAGAAUGUAAAUAAACUGAUAGUUAUUUUCAAAAAGAGUAAAGAAUAGGUGAAUAUUUUUGCGGCGGGCAAGAAAUGGAGAAAAACGCCCAAAGCUAUAAAAAACGAGAAAAGACAUUUAAAAAUUUUCUAAUAAAAAGUUAGAAAAAGAGCAAAUAAUAAAAAGCCAAAAAACAACAAAAAAUAUGUGAAUAAUUAUUUAAAUAAAAAUUCGAUAAUCUUCUUUUACAAAUAAAAGAUACUAAAAAAUUAAAAUAAAAUAUAAAAUUAGGCCCUCCCAUUAAAUAUAGAUGGGCAGCCUGGAAAUAUCAUUUAUUUAAGUAAUUAACUUAAUAAGACGUAGAUUUAUACAAUAUAAUAAAAAAUGCUUAAUCAAAAGACGAAACAUAAAUAAUUAAAGACUUAAAUAGAACAUUCCCCGAUCAAAUUUAUUUCUAACCAAAAUCUCCUGAACUAAAACAAGAAGAAGAUUUUUAAAACGAAAGUUUAGAAAAGCUAAGAAGAAUUUUAAGUAGUAUAUGUAUAAUAUAUCCAAAUCUAGGAUAUUGUUAAGGAAUGAAUUUUUUGAUAGGUUUUAUGCUAUUGGUAAAUGGCGGAAAUGAAUAAGAAGCAUUUUUAAUGUUCAAAGUACUCGCAGAAGACCCAAAUUUUAUGUUAAUGGGAUUAUACGAGAAUGAUUUUCCAAUGUUAAAAUUUUUAGAGUAUUGUGUUGGGAAGUCUAUGAAAAAAUAUUUAAAGGAAGUAUGGAAUCAUAUAUUAUUUUUGGAAAUCGAAUAUUCAUAUUGGUUAACAAAAUGGAUUUUGACGCUUUUUUUAUAUUCUAUUCCUAUAUAAUGUUGCGCUAGACUAUGGGAUUUUUUAAUUUCGAAUUCUAUUUUUGGAAUAUGUGAACUUGUGGUGUCUAUGCUUUAUGUAUUAUAAGAUAAAAUAUUAUGUUUAAAUGAUUAAAUUUAAUUCAUGUAAUUUUUCUAAUCUAAUAAUUUCGAAAAGCUUAAUAUGAGUUAAAUUGUUGGUUUAUGUGAAAAAUUUCCUGUCAAAAACUCCUGUAUAGCUAAAUAUGCCAAAAAAUUUAUUUUAAAAGUUGAAAAAGAUAAUCAAUAUGCUUUAUUAUAUUCUUUUUUAUGUAAUUAAAAAAAUUCUAAGAAAUCCAUAGUAUAAUGA